GCAUUUUCAAAGUUUUGCCGCGAGAACUCUCUCUCUCUCUCUCUCUGUGUCAAGCCCAGAGAGUCCGAUGACCUCAACCAUUACUCACCAAAUCAUCGACGAAGACGAAGACGACGACGGUUUCGAUUGGGAAGCAGCCGUUAGAGAAAUCGAUGUGGCUUGCCAAACCGCUAAGCCCUCCACUUCGCACGCUGACCAAUUUAUUUCCCAUUUUACCACUCCUGUUUCAAAUGCUUCAUCUUCUAAGACCAAGCAAAAGGCCGGGGUUUCUCGGCAAUCCACGCUCGACAAGUUCGUGGCCAAGGCGGGCCCACCGAGGCCUCAGUCGCAGAAUCGGGGCACCGAGUUACGUGAUCAAGAUGGCGUAGAGGGCGAUGAACGGGUGAGCUGCAUUGACAUUGAUGCUGAGGCAGCCAAAACUUGGAUAUAUCCAGUUAAUGUUCCUCUUCGUGACUAUCAAUUCGCUAUUACCAAGAAAGCCUUGUUUUCAAAUACAUUGGUGGCGUUGCCAACAGGACUUGGCAAGACGCUUAUUGCUGCAGUUGUUAUGUAUAACUACUUCAGAUGGUUUCCUGAUGGGAAAAUAGUCUUUGCUGCUCCUUCUCGACCCCUUGUCAUGCAACAGAUAGAAGCAUGUCAUAAUAUUGUGGGAAUUCCUCAAGAAUGGACAAUUGAUAUGACGGGUCAGAUAAAUCCUACAAAAAGAGCAUGCUUCUGGAAAACUAAACGAGUUUUCUUUGUUACUCCACAAGUGCUGGAAAAGGAUAUUCAGUCUGGCACAUGUUUGGUGAACUACUUGGUCUUGUUGGUGAUUGAUGAAGCUCAUCGAGCAUUGGGAAAUUAUUCUUAUUGUGUUGCAGUUCGUGAGUUAAUGGCUGUACCAGUGCAGCUGAGAAUAUUAGCGUUGACUGCCACACCAGGAUCAAAGCAGCAGACCAUCCAGCUUAUUAUUGAUAACUUAUAUAUGUCAACACUUGAAUAUCGUAAUGAAAGUGAUGAUGAUGUCAGCCCCUAUGUGCACAACAGGAAGAUAGAGUUAAUUCAAGUUGCAAUGGGGCUAGAUGCGGUAGAAAUAAAUAAUAAGCUCUCAGAAGUACUGCGUCCAAUUGUUGCCAGGCUUUGUGCCAUUGGAGUUCUCCAGAAUAGAGACUAUCAAACGUUGAGCCCAUGUGAGUUACUUAACUUGAGGGAUAAAUUUCGUCAAUCACCCCCGCCAGACCUUCCCCACAUUAAGUAUAAUGAAGUGGAAGGAUAUUUUGGAGUUCUUAUUACUCUCUAUCAUAUUCGUAAGUUACUCUCAAGCCAUGGGAUUAGGCCAUCAUAUGAUAUGCUUGAAGAAAAGUUGCGACAAGGGUAUUUUGCGAGAUUUAUGAGUAAAAAUGAAGAUAUUUGGAAGACAAAGCUCUUAAUGCAGCAAAGCUUGGCUCAUGGUGCACCUAGUCCCAAAUUGUCAAAAAUGUUAGAAGUACUGCUUGAUCAUUUCAAAACGAAGGAUCCACGAAACUCAAGGGUUAUUAUUUUCUCCAAUUUUAGGGGAAGUGUCAGGGACAUAAUGGAAGCACUGGCGAAUAUCAAGGAUUUAGUUAGAGCUACCCAGUUUAUUGGCCAAAGCUCAGGAAAAGCAUUGAAAGGCCAGUCACAAAAAGUUCAACAGGAUGUUUUGGAGAAAUUUCGGGCUGGUGGUUACAAUGUUAUUGUCGCCACAUCAAUUGGUGAAGAAGGACUGGAUAUCAUGGAAGUCGAUCUUGUUAUAUGUUUUGAUGCUAAUGUGUCACCGUUGAGAAUGAUUCAGCGCAUGGGGAGGACUGGAAGAAAGCAUGAUGGACGAGUUGUAGUUUUAGCUUGUGAAGGGUCAGAAUUGAAGGGUUACAUGCGAAAGCAGGCGAACAGCAAGGCAGUUAGAAAACACAUGCGAAAUGGGGGGAUGAAUAGCUUUAAUUUUCAUCCUAGUCCAAGGAUGAUUCCUCAUAUUUACAAACCUGAAGUCCAAUUUAUUGAGCUGUCAAUUGAACAAUUCAUUCCUCGCGGAAAGAAAGUGAAAGACGAUCAUGCUAUUCAGGCAUCUGUUUUGGAAGACAAACUAACGGUUGCUGAGACUAGUUUAAUUGCCAAAUAUUUUCACCCUACUGAUGCAAAUACAUGGAGGCCAUCUCUUAUUGCCUUUCCUCACUUCCAGACAUUUCCAUCCAGAGUGCAUAAGAUAAUGCAUGCACAUAGAACUGGGAUGUUGAUUGAUAUGAUGCAAUGUUUGCAAGGACUAACCUUUUCCCAAGACUGCAAAACCACUGUUGUUGAGGAUGAAGUCUUUCUGGGAAAGAGCUUGGUGGUCAACACUGCUGAACUACAUGACAAUGAAACAAAAGGUUUGCCAGCUUUUGAUAAUUCUCCAAAGAUAAGAUCACAAAGAGAAGUAUUGGACUCUGAAGUAUCACCUAGGAAGAUCAUAAGAACCAAAGAGAAGCGUAUUGUGCCUGACUUUUGUAGGGAAAAUCCUCCCGUGCACUCCUAUAUCUUUGGUUCAGAUUAUGUAUCUGUUGAUACUUUUGGAAAGGUCUUGAUUUUAUCAGUCCCUUUACUUCCUCUCAAAGAAGGGUCACAUUCUAAGUGUACAAUUGCAAGCAGUACAAAGUCUCUGAAUUCUUUAAAGCAAGAUUCUCGCUAUUUGAGGACUUGGUCUGAAGGCAACAAGGAACUAGUUAUGCAAACUAUGGCUGUUGUAGAAAUAACUUCUCCAACAAGAUGCAUAAAGGACGAAACUUUGCCAACAUCUGGAUUAUGUGACUCUGAUGUCCAGCAUGAGAAGACAUUGGAUGAGUUUGAGAAUAGUCCUGAAACACCACCUUUAAAGGGAAAUCUGUCAAAUGAACGAGCUAGUGCUGGUGAGACGCCUGAUGUUGUGGAAAUCAAGGCACCCUUGCCUCUGGAUGAUGAAUGCACAGAUGAGUCCAGAGAUAUUGAGCUUAGUCCACGACUGACUAAUUUGAUUAAAUGUGGUGUUGUUCCCGAGUCCCCUGUCAAUGAUAGAGGGCUUCCAAAUGGUAAAAAGAAAAAUGAGUUUCUUGUUCCAGAUCUUGUUCCACCUGCCCAAUCGCCAACUGAAUUGAUAGUGAAGUCUUCAAGUCCAGGAAAAAAUGAGCAGGGCAUUAUGGAAAUUAGCAACUACAGAAGAAAUGGCUCUGUUUCUCCCAUUAAUAAUGCAAUUCAAACUCCUGUACUCAAGUUGAACAAUAAUGCCAGCAUAACUGGUCGUAUAUCCACUUCUCCAGUUGUUGAGGAAGCCCAAACUCCAUUUGCAAACUUGACAAACAAUAGCUGUAGCAAAGAUUGGCAUUUAAGUUCUGGAGACAAGUCAGAAAGUGUUGAACAGAGGCGCAAGUUUAAAAGGUUGCGCAAAAUUGGAGAUUGUGGAAGUAGGAAAAUGAAAAGCAUAAAAGAAAAUCUUCUUAUUCCAAUAUCAAAUCUUGCCAGAUCAUUUUCUAGUCGCAGUCCUAUCCAAAAUAAGCAUGCCAGAGGUAAAAAGAAUCCUGUUAAACAUGCCAGAGCCUUCAUUGAGGAGGAGGCUGAGGUAUCUUCAGACGCUGAUGUUUCUGAUGAUGAGGAAGAUGAGCAGGACAAUGGUUCAUAUGAUAGUUUCAUAGAUGACAGGAUCAAUCCAACAGCAGCAAGUAGUCCAUCUGAAAGUUGUCGAAUCGACAUGAUGGCAAUUUACAGGCGUUCUUUGCUCAGCCAAUCACCAAUGGUGAGGCAGUAUAAAUGUGCUGCCACUUCUAGUCCCAACUCUGUGGCUUCAAUGACCAAAACAUGUGAAACUGCAAGUUCUUCGGGGAAAACCUUGUCUUCUCUCCAGACGCCUCAAACUGAGUUUGCUAAUCAAUCAGCUGGGAGAAAUUCAGAAUCCUUUCAAAUGAGGAGGCUCUCCUCACAGGUUGUGCCUUGUACAACUAGUGUUUCCCCAAGAGGAAGUCAUGAGAUGGAAAGUCGAAAAAGAAAAUUGCGUUUUUGUCGAUCAGAAUCCGUUCCUACAAUCAACCUAGAGCCACAAUUCUUGCUUCAAUCAGAGACUGCAGCAGCCAGAGAUUCAUUUCAGCAUGGUGACACAAAUUCGGACGCAAAGGAGGAUGCAUUUUAUGAUGAUCAAUUUUAUGAAGGUCUUGACCUCGAUGCAGUGGAGGCCCAGGCCACCUUGCUUCUCAAACAGAAAUCUGAGAUGUCAAUGAGAGAGCAAGAGAUAAUUCCUCAAUUACACCCACAAAAUUGUAGUCUUCUCAGUUCUCCAUCAUUUGAUCUUGGCAUAUGAAAAUGUGGAGGCAAACAAAUCCUUAAAAGGCCGUCCAAAGGGGGGGUGUUCUUGUUCAUACAGAUGUAAUUUAUUACAGUUGUGUAAAGUCUAUGUAAAGAGGGGAAAAAGCGUGUAUGCCAAACAUCAAUACAUCCUUUGUACUGAAAAAUGUCAUAAUUUUUUGGCCUCCAGAGAAUGCAAGUAUAAAUGUGUACAAAAAUUACGCUACUUG